CUCUGAACAACCAAAGGCAGUUUAGUCUUGGAACAACCGCGGUAGACUACUCAGUGCCGUACAUAGAACUCAAGCAGUGAGCUUUGUCCAGUCAACCCAGCUCGGACGAAAAUUUUCUUUACUUUACCUUGUUGCUUUUUUUACGAAUUUACUUUUGGCACAACAAGCAAAUAAUUCAACAGCGCAUUGAAACUUGCCGUCAUUAACAAAGCUCGCCCAUGAUCUCCUACUAACAAACCUGGGCCUCUGUGCCCCGAAACGAUGCUGCCCUCCAAUCCACCAUGUCCAUCAAGCCUCUGCCGCCCGAGGUGGUUGCUCAAGUGAAGUCAUCCUCGGUUAUAACGUCCUUAAACGGCGUGGCACUGGGGCUUCUUCGCAACUCUUUAGAUGCCAAUGCAACCAAGGUCAACAUAUCGGUUGACUAUCGGCUGGGGAAUUGCAUCGUCGAGGACAAUGGUUUCGGAAUCCCCGAAAGCGAGUUCCGAGAUACCGGAGGACUGGGCAAACUUCACUUUACAUCCAAAUUUCCUCCCCAGGAUAAUGUUUAUGGAAGAACUGGCGCUUUUUUAUUCUCCAUCGCAUCUCUGUCUCUACUUUCAGUGACGUCCCACUAUCAGAGACAAAACUCCCACGCCACACUCGUUAUUCACAAUUCGGAGGUUGUCUCACGCCACAUUCCUGCUCUUCCAGAGCAAAGGAUCCUGGUCUUCCCCCAUGGCACCAGAGUCACUGUUCGGGAUCUCUUUGGCUCAAUGCCUGUCCGUGUAAAGCAGCGAGCACUCGAGGCGGCCCGCACAGGCUCCGGCCGCGACUGGGGCCAGCUGGUCAGGAUGAUAGUUUCGCUGCUUCUUGGCUUCUCGGGCAUCGUUGCUGUUACGCUACGAGACAUGCAAUCCACUCGAGUCUUGACUUUGAAGUCCGAUAGUGGUAGUCUGAUAUCCAGAACAUCUCGCAUACUCUCCAGAGCUGCACUCUGGGACAACCCUGACGCUGUUGAAUGGGUGCCGCUUAGUGCCUCUUCCUCGGGCAUUACCAUAAAUGGUUGUAUUUCGCUUGCUCCUGCACCGUCCAAGAAGAUGCAGUUCGUUACACUUGACAUGGAGCCCAUAUCUGAUGAUCUCAAGUCGAAUGUGCUCUUCGACGAGAUCAACAAAGUCUUUGCCAACUCACGAUUUGGAUUUACCGAGGAUUUGGACUUUGACACAUCAACAUCGGCUGUAAAAUCCGAGCCCGCGGUUGUCAACGAGAGCAAUAGAGCCAAAAAGGGAGUCGACCGAUGGCCGGUUUUCUAUCUUAGGAUAUCACUGCAGGGGUGUAUUCCGAAUCCUACCACAGCCUCGAAAGACGCAGUUCUGGACGGUGGCCAUGACGUCCUGCCUAAAAUUCUGGAUCUUCUCAAAGCGAUGUUCUAUGCCUUCCUCAAGAAGCACAGCUUUUGUCCACAUAAAGUGAACCUUUCUGGCAGAACUCCUCGCAUAUCUCCAGUCAAACGCCUACGCUUGACAGAGCACUCGCAUAGCCACACGACCCCUUCUUCCUCAAAUAAUUGGCCUGCGAGUGCUCCUGUAGGAGUAUAUGAGAACACGAAAACCCCUCGCCUUCCACUUUCGACAAGUGUGAUCAACAUGCACUCGAAAAUCUCUGGUUCUAGCAACAGCCUGGCUGAUUCACCAGCGAGCGCAAUGCCAAAGUAUGUUGUAACUACUCGUCCACCAAAAGAUGCUGAAGCGCGGAAUGAGGAAAUUCGAGGGCGUGUCGCUGAAAGCGAGGUUGUCGCGAUGCACCAUAGCGAGUUUGAAAUUGACUUACCUGGCCACAUGCCGUUCAAUAAGCAUGGUGCCAACAAAGAAAUUGUUCCUAGCCAGGCACAUUCGCAGGUGUCGAAAAGUGGCGGUCAAGUACCCGAAGGUUACUUUCGCUGGGAGAACCCAGCAACCAAAGUCACGUCUCUCGUAAACUCAAGAACUGGCUUUAUCAUGCAAUCGGCAAAUGAGCGGCCAAGCAUAAAACGCACUAACAACACGCCUGCGAUAAGGAACAAGGAAGCAAAGCCGAAAGAAGCCAGCCCUUGGCUCAAAAAUCUCCUCGCCAUGUGGGAAAAUCCCGUUUUUGAGACAACCGAGGCUGCGAUACCUCGCCUGCCUGAUACAAACGCAGGGUCUGCAGAUGUGAAAUUCAAGCAAAGUGGCUGCUCAUUAAGCCUUGGACGCCAAGGAGACAGAGAGUCUUUAGCUCUGGAAGGGCGCUUUUCCAAGUCCAGCCUGCAGCAUUGUGAAGUGGUAUCACAGGUAGACCAGAAGUUUAUUCUCGCCAAGCUGCCAAUCUUUCGGCAGUCCGUAUGCCCAGAUGAACAAACAACCAGUGCGCAUAACGAAAAAGCAAAAGAAGCUUUACCGAAAUUGGCAUUGGUUGUCAUCGACCAGCAUGCUGCGGACGAGAGGUGCCGUGUGGAGGCUUUGAUGGCCGAUUACUUCGAACUGAUUGACGAUUCCAAUGGCAUUGCAACCCCGAGUCCUGUAACGGGGCCGCUUUCAGCCCCUGUUGUUGUUGAUUUUACCUGUCAGGAGUGUGAUUUAUUAGAGCGAUUUACAUCCCAUUUUCGACGAUGGGGUAUUUGGUACGAAAUAAUGUCUGUCACACAGCCGGCCAUGACGACAACAGAGGCGGAUAGAAGGGGUACCAACCACGAGCAAAAUCGCCUCAAGCGAGUGUCCAUCACAAGACUACCUCCAUCUAUCCUUGAAAGAUGUCGCUCGGAACCUAGUUUGCUGGUUGAACUCCUAAGAAAGGAGGUUUGGAGACUGGAGGAAGAUGAGACGAUAUCUCGGGCAGCCUUGCUCACAGCGGGGAAAGCUAGAAUAGGUGAUGGUUCCGACGAGGCAGAAAACAGCUGGGUUGCGUGGUUUCAUGGGUGCCCGCCCGGAAUCCUGGAGCUUAUCAAUUCCAGAGCAUGCAGGAGUGCCAUAAUGUUUGGUGAUACACUUUCUGUUGAGGACUGCCGUGCUUUACUUGAUCGUCUUGGAAAGUGUGUCUUUCCUUUCCAAUGUGCCCACGGGCGUCCAUCAAUGGUUCCUCUACUGGAGCUUGGUAGUGACCUGCCUGGCUGUGACGACUUUGAGAUCUGGUAAGGUUCCAUCGUAAGAUAAUUAUAGUGGAUGGCAUGAUAUUUUAGUUUGUAUCGAGAAUAAUAGAUACCUACCAUAUAUGUUG